AUUCAAGACCGCGCAGCACAGGAGCGGUUGUAUACGGUUGUAUGACAUGUCCAUCUUAUAAAACAGAUAAUUCGUGUCGCACUUUACAGUCUUAAUGUUGGAUGACAUCGGUUAAAAGUCCUCCCGUCAGCGUAUAACGUGUCAGAAAUCCUGAGUGUACGUAAGGUUUUUUAGCUGUUUUCCCUCCGUGCGGCGGGAUGUUCACGAGCACCCAGCCAACAUAUGUGUCAUUUGGCAACAGCUGUGCCCACUUCCUGAUUUCACAUCACAGCAACAGAUGAGAGCGGCUGUUUGAGAGCCAACGACCGCCGCACUGUCAUAUUUUGAACCGAUAACCAUAAGAGACGCUUCGGGUUACGGCUCCAGCGUCGUGCCGCCGCUCUGCUGCGAUGGUGGAGACUCCAGCUGGCUGCCUGUUUGAAGACAUCCAGCAUGAAGACAUCCAAGUCGAAGCGGCUGUUGGCAGAGGUACAUUCGGAGUUGUCUACAAGGCCGUAUGGAAAGGAAAAGAUGUAGCAAUCAAGACCAUCGAGAGCGACAAUGAAAGAAACGCUUUCCUUGUUGAGCUGCGCCAGCUCUCGAGGGUGAAUCACCCCAACAUUGUUAAGCUGUUUGGCUCUUGUGACAAUCCAGUGUGUCUGGUCAUGGAGUAUGCAGAAUGUGGCUCUUUAUAUAACCUCCUGCACAGUGCUGAGCCGCAAGCCCCCUACACAGCUUCCCACGCUAUGAGCUGGUGUCUGCAGUGUGCCAAGGGUGUUGCUUAUCUGCAUGCUAUGAAACCAAAGGCCUUAAUUCACCGGGACCUCAAACCACCAAAUCUACUCCUUGUGUCUCGUGGCACUGUGCUGAAGAUAUGUGACUUUGGAACAGCGUGUGACAUUCAGACCUACAUGACCAACAACAAAGGCAGUGCAGCCUGGAUGGCACCAGAAGUGUUUGAAGGCAGUAACUACAGCGAAAAGUGUGACGUGUUCAGUUGGGGCAUUAUCCUGUGGGAGGUCAUCACACGCAAAAAACCCUUCGAUGAGAUUGGCGGCUCAGCGUUUUGUAUAAUGUGGGCUGUCCACAGAGGUACACGGCCUCCUCUGAUCAAAGACCUCCCAGAGCCCAUAGAGACUCUGAUGACCCGCUGCUGGGACAAAGAGCCCAGCCAGAGACCAUCCAUGGAGGAGGUCAAGAAUACCAUGAGUCGUCUCAUGAAGUACUUCCCAGGUUCUGAGGAACCACUCAAGCUCCCUAACCAGUCCUCAGCCAAUAGGAGCGGCUCUUCAUCAGCCACAAGCACAGGCUCGUACGCCGACUACACCAUCAACAGUAACAAGAGUGACGACAACGCAGAACACAGAAACUCUGUUGGCAAAGAGGAAACCCUGAAAAGCUUUGAGGCCAAAUUCCCACUACAGUUCAAACCCUCAAAGCAGACAGCAACAUUGCGAACCAGUAUGUCCAGAGUGUCCAGCGUGGACAGUCAGCCAGGACGCUCCCAAAGCCCCACCCACUGCAGCAGCCCUGCAGCCACCACCGGCCAAUCAGAGUUGAGGAUGACAUUUAGUCCCACAGCUACCAAUGGUUUGGACAGCUCUAUUCCCAUGGCAUGCCUGAAACUGGAUCACCAGUUACAGCCUCUAGCCCCGUGUCCAAACUCCAAGGAGUCCAUGGCUGUGUUUGAGCAGCACAUCAGGAUGGCUCAGGAGUACAUCAAAGUCCAGUCAGAGAUCGCUCACCUUGUUCGGAGGAAACAGGAGCUGAUGUCUGAGUUGGAGGAAGACCAGAGGGAGCAGCAGACUUCAUCUCGACUCAUCCAGGAGCACAGCAAGCUGCUGGAGGACAACAGCAGCCUGUCUGCCUACUACCAGGGCCUGAAGAGCAACCUGAGCCUGAAGAGUCAGAACCCGCACCACAGCUAGGACACAAGGCUGGGACACAGCACACACUCCAUGUCUCCACAGUCAUUUUACUCUUUUCUCUGAAGGCUGAGAGGAAUCACUCCAUGAGCUGACCAUGAAGCAGGGAAGCCAGUAUCCUGGGAAAAAUAAGACCUUUAACUUACCACAAAAGAAUGUCUCAAGAUAACAUUAAAAGCAUGUCAUUAGUGGCUUUAAAGUCAAACUGAAACUUGAAUUCUUCUCACUUUUUGUGUAAUGAAAUAUAAACUAUAAUGGUAAGGCAAAUAUCAAAAGAGGGAAGAGAGAAAUCUGUAGUAACAGUGUCUCACCCUCAAGCCUCUGAGUGUUUUCCGUGACCUCGGUUAGCUGAAAAUUCUGGAAUUCAGCCUGUAUUUUAUGUCAUACUUGUCUGUUUGGACUGUGGGUCAUGCUAACUUUGCAUGUGCCACUUCCAUUUUAGAGACCAACAACAUAAAUCGGGGGGAAGCAGUGUGAGCCUCCUAAAACUUUCCAAAUCAACUUUAAUUGUACAUAAAUCUUUCCAGUCACUUAGUCUGGUUAAUAUAAACACGGAAAUGAGCGAUUAGCUGUUAGCUAGCAGCUUCAAUUACUAAACCAUCUUGCACUGCUGCCCUCAUACGUAUACUUUGUUUUGCUGGAGUUUGUGUUUUCCUGUAUCACUACAAUGGAGGUGGUGUGUUAGCAUUGAGAAUGUCCACAGUUAUGAGAAGAGAAAUAUUGGAAUUUCCUUUUAAGUUUUUAUUACACUCCACCUCCAUGAAAGCAGAAGCUAGUUAGCCUCACUUGCUAACAUUAGCACUGUUUAUUUCUACUCAGCAUUAGCUGUCUUCCCUUCUUACAUAGGCCUAAAUGAGGUGAGGCAAAUGACUAGACUGUCCAAACUCACAGCAACAGGAAGUAAUGUGACAGGUGAUUUGACUCACAGUGUAACAUAGCUAUGGAAAGUAACAUACAGAGUAACUGACACCAAUCAAAUUACAAUAUUGACAUCAUCAGUUGAGACCAAAAACAUAGAUUUGACCAAAUAUGUACAAAACAACCAUCAGAUUUUCUAUCAAGAUGAAUUUCAGUUUGACUUUAAAAUUAGUGUGAGCAAUAUGUGUUAUCCAGAGAUAAUGAAAUAGCUGAGAGUUAAUAAGCCAAAAAAAGUAGCAGCUAGCAUGUCCUCUCUGGGCCUCUGUAAUUUAGUGAUGGGCUUCAUUUCAAUCAUCCAAAGAGACUUGACAUGGACUUAAAUACUUACUCCUAAAUGGAUUUGUUUGGGGUUAGACAAUGACUUGCCUUUUAGACAGUGAGUUUUAUUUAAUUUCAGUGUUUUUUUUUUCUGAAUUGUUGAAAAGUAACUACAAUUGUGGUUUGUACAUUUUUACUCUAUAUAUUCAGUUUAUCCCACCCUUUUUAUCAUCUUUCAUGAAAAGAAGAAAGGCGCUGACAUUGUGGGCCGCAUCAUUUUAAACCAAUUUUACUGUGAAUACAAGUGUUACCAAAGGAACUGUGCUUCAGAGACAUGCUGCCUCGGAGCAAAGAAAAGCUUUUUUGAGAGGUUGUUUGAAAUGGAAAUAACUGUAAAAUAAUGAACCUGACAGAAUUUUUUAUCCAUUUAAUUUCUUAUCUGCAGUUAUUUUUUACACAGUUAUAUUUCACAGAAUGGUAUUAACAUUAUUCUUCACUGCACUUAUUUGGGUUGGAGAAAUGUUCAGCAUAUGUUUUGCUAUCACAUUUGUGUGGGGGUUUCUAUGACAGUGGGUCAUUUUGGGAUGGGUUGUUGUUUAAAUGCAUUUGUCCAGAUGUUGCCUUGCCAUUUUUCCUGUACAGUUUAUUUUUUUCAUCUCAGUACACUUUUUUUGAAUGAAUGAACGCCCAAGAAUUCCUGAAAUAUUUCUUCUGUGAUUUUAAAAUGUACAGGCUGCAGUUAUAUAUGCUUUAGAGAAAGUAAAAAAAUGUUUGUA